ACUCCACGUUGAAAUCUAACUCCAUUCAGUCCCUUAGAAGCAACCAAACCAAAUAAAUUAAAUUAAAUAAAAAAAUUGUCUUAGGAGCUUAUAUAUAUAGAUACAAGGUUGUUUUGGACACAUACCAUACCAAACAACCUUGCAUUUUGUUUUUGUGAAGCAAAACAGAGAUUACUAUUGGUGUUAGGUGGAAGUUGUGGAGAAGAAAAGUUGUUGGGAGUGAUGUCGAGCACAUUGAGGAACGGUGGUGAGGUUUCAGUGACGGAGGAUUAUAGCAAUGGUCAUGGUGGGGGUGUUAGAGACUUGUAUGGUGAGGAUAGUGCCACGGAGGACCAGCUUAUCACACCAUGGACUUUCUCUGUGGCCAGUGGCUACACUUUGCUGAGAGAUCCACGCUACAACAAAGGGCUGGCCUUCACUGAGAAAGAGCGAGAUGCUCAUUACCUGCGUGGCCUCUUGCCUCCCUCUGUGUUUACACAGGAACUUCAGGAAAAGAGGUUGAUGCACAAUCUUCGCCAAUAUGAGGUUCCUCUGCAUAGGUACAUGGCCAUGAUGGAUCUUCAGGAGAGGAAUGAAAGGCUGUUUUACAAGCUUCUGAUUGAUAAUGUUGAGGAACUGCUUCCUGUUGUUUACACUCCAACAGUUGGAGAAGCAUGCCAGAAAUAUGGAAGUAUUUUUAGGCGUCCUCAGGGUCUAUAUAUCAGUUUGAAGGAGAAAGGCAAGAUCCUUGAAGUACUGAAAAACUGGCCAGAGAAGACCAUUCAAGUUAUUGUUGUGACUGAUGGUGAGCGCAUAUUGGGACUUGGAGAUCUUGGUUGCCAGGGAAUGGGGAUUCCAGUUGGGAAACUCUCUCUCUAUACUGCAUUAGGAGGUGUUCGCCCUUCAUCAUGCUUGCCUAUAACCAUUGAUGUUGGCACAAACAAUGAGAAUUUGCUGAAUGAUGAGUUUUACAUUGGACUAAAGCAUAAGAGGGCCACUGGGAAGGAAUAUGAGGAGCUUCUAGAUGAGUUUAUGCGUGCAGUUAAGCAGAACUAUGGGGAGAAAGUUCUCAUACAGUUUGAAGAUUUUGCGAAUCAUAAUGCAUUUGAUCUGCUGGCAAAAUACAGCUCAUCUCAUCUUGUUUUUAAUGACGAUAUUCAGGGUACUGCUUCCGUGGUAUUAGCAGGAUUGCUUGCAUCCCUGAAAUUAGUUGGGGGAACCUUAGCUGACCAUACCUUCUUAUUUCUGGGUGCUGGAGAGGCUGGAACUGGUAUAGCAGAGCUGAUAGCUCUUGAGAUCUCAAAGCAGACAAAGGCUCCAGUGGAAGAGACCCGCAAGAAGAUCUGGCUUGUGGACUCAAAGGGACUUAUUGUUAGCUCUCGUUUGGAAUCACUCCAGCACUUCAAAAAGCCUUGGGCCCAUGAACAUGAACCUGUAAAGGGGCUACUUGAUGCUGUUAAGGCAAUCAAACCAACCGUAUUGAUUGGAUCAUCUGGAGUAGGGAAGACAUUUACCAAGGAGGUGGUUGAAGCCAUGGCAUCAUUGAAUGAGAAACCACUCAUUCUUGCUCUCUCCAAUCCAACGUCCCAAUCUGAGUGCACAGCUGAAGAAGCUUAUACAUGGAGCAAGGGUAAAGCAAUCUUUGCCAGUGGAAGCCCAUUUGAUCCUGUUGAGUAUGAAGGAAAAGUUUUCGUUCCUGGACAGGCCAACAAUGCUUACAUAUUUCCUGGUUUCGGUUUGGGUUUGAUAAUCUCUGGUGCAAUCCGCGUGCGCGAUGAGAUGCUCUUGGCAGCCUCUGAGGCUUUGGCUGCACAAGUAUCACAGGAGAACUAUGACAAGGGACUGAUUUACCCUCCAUUCUCAAACAUUAGAAAGAUAUCGGCUCAUAUUGCUGCUAAUGUCGCAGCUAAGGUUUACGAAAUGGGUCUGGCUUCUCAUCUACCUCGACCUAAGGAUCUUGUCAAAUAUGCAGAAAGUUGCAUGUACAGCCCAGGCUACAGAAGCUACCGUUGAGGUUUUGAAUGUUAUGUUCUUCACUCUGCAGUGUUACACCAUGAGCUUUUUAGGAAUCGAUUUACUUUGUUGCUUAUUAGGAUUUUGUAUAAGGGAUUGCCCUAUAAACUUCGCAGAGUUGCUUAUUCUUUCGAAACGUUGAACUUGUAUUAAGAAGGAAUAUUAUUGAUAUUCCAAUUCCAAUUUAUGAACGAACAUUAUUUUGC